AUGAUGGCUGCUGAGGCCACCAGCGAGAAGCCGGUAGAUGUCUCAGUAACUGAUGCUUCGCUCUCUCAGACUACUGCUACCACCGAACUCAGCGCUCAGAAUGUCGAGGCUCCCAGCCCACCUAUUGUAAACGGCGGCGGCCCCGACGAACCUGAGAAGAUCAAGGCCGUCAACGAUGUUGUCGAAGAUCUUGCCCAUUCGGCAGAAGUUAGUGUGAGCGGUGGCUCGGAUACUGAGGCAUCUACAUCAAAGGCAAAGGAUCCAAGUCAUGUACGGACCUCCUCUACAGUCAAGAAGCCUCAGAGCUUCAAGUCUGUCUCUGUGAAUAAGAUCUUCGGCGCGAAAGUUGCUGCCAACGCAAUUUCUCGAUCUGAGAAUUCGUCUCCGUCAUUAGCACCCGCUACUCCGGUCAGCGCAGUCGGUUCUUCGGCAUCAAAACUGAAGCUUGUUGCAAAGUCGGGCUCUAGCUUGGGAGGCGCCUCCAAGACUCUCACAACAAAUGGCAAAGCACCCAGCGCUCCCGACGGCAGUACCGUCUGGAACCGCAACAAAGCUGCCCCGGUGCCUGAACCGAAGAAGUACUCCGACGAAGAACUCAAGAAGUACGGCAUUCAUAUGGCAGAUCGUUUGCGACCCGAAGACGACCGGGGCCAGUCCAAUUGGGCCGACGAGGAUGAGGACGAAGAGUGGGCGCCCGAGGCUAUAACAUGGACCGAUGGGACCAGAAUCACUUUGGAGAACCAGCCAACCCCUUCAACAGCACCAGCCGUGCCAGUACCCACAGCAACUAUCGCCAACGUACCGGUACCAGCUGCAGUCGCUCCUAUCCCGGCAAAGGACAAGCCGAAAUCGCCGGCUCCGGGCGUGACAAGUGAUAGUGCCAGAGCCUCGCCGUCUGUGAAGCCUAGUCUCAUCGCCUCAGGCAAAAGUCUAGUGCUGAAAGGUGCACCGGAGAAGCCGACUCUGGUUGCCAAGGCUCCCGCACCGCCCACACCGGCCAAGUCACCAUGGGCAACUCUUCCACCUGUCGACAAGGCUUCACCUGUUAUGAUGGAGUUGCCCAACCCGCAUCAACCGCCGCCUCCGAUGCGCGGCUACCCGCCGCGCGAUUCUCCGUUCGGCCAGCAUGGAAACAUGCCCGCCAAGGAGAUUGCUGCUGAUGAUUUCAGCAGAGGACCCUGGCGGGAUGGCCAGCCUGGCGGCAACCGAGAGUUGUUCAACUCGCAGUCUGGACGAUAUGAGCCGGUGCAAGAUCGCAGGGGCUCGCGGCACGAUCCAAACUACCGGCAGCAUCCCGCGCUCCUACAACGUCCUGCUCAACAGCAGGAUUUCCAGGGGCCGGCAGAGCCCUCGGCGGCAUUUCAAACCAGUAGAUCGAGCGCCUAUGAUGCGGCACCGUACGGCCGCCGUCGAACCUCGUCGAACGUCAGCGGUGGUAGUGGUAGUGUUAUGCACCGCCUAGGCCGACCCCAUGACAUGGCCCCUCCAGAGCAGAUUGUCCCUGCCCCUGGCCAGCCCUCGCCGGCACGCUCACAACAUGCCCAGCCGUGGCAGCCACGCCCUUCUCCGGGCCAAAUCGACGCAACUUUGCACAACAUCCAUGCUCCUCCGGUCGACAUCCCCACUGAUGUGCCAGCAACGACAGCUCCUUCUGAAGACGAAAUCGAGCUGCAAAAACGUCUGAUGCGCGAACGAAGAGAGUUGGCCAUCAAACGUAGACUAGAAGAAGAGGCGAAGGAGGAGGCAGCUCGCAAAGAGAGAAUCGCAUUGAAACUGGCGGCUAUGGGCCCUGCGCCAGAACGCAAGAGCACAAAGAAGGAGGAAACGAAGGAAGUCGCCUACAAACGCGACGGUCCUCCGGCUGGCAUCUUUAGCAAGGAAGAACUAGCCGCUGCUGAGGCCGAACGAGCUGUACCGCAGAGCGCUGUUCAUUCCGAGAACCAGGAAGCAACCACCGCCAAUUCGGAUGCGAAGAGUGGUAAUAGUCCCGAGACCGCGCACAUGGAAGGUCCACAUGCAGAGCCUCAACGACCAGGCCCUCCGACUGGCCCUCAGUCCAACACAUCAUGGCCCGAGUCGGUGCAAAAGCCAGCCGACAGGGUUGCAUCCUGGAGCAGUGGCUCACAGAAUGGUCCUAGAAACCUAUGGGCUGCACCUGGAAAUGAUCGGUCUCUAGGAAAUGGCACGUUUGAUGCAGAUCUUGGUCAGCAGCUUGCCGAUUCUGAACCUGCUCAGCCCGCUAGCAUCACCUCUCGACCUACUCCUAUCGGCCCACCACGCACUGCCCAACAAUCGCAGCAACGCUUAGCCCCCAUUGGCCCCCCCAGUACCAACCGUCCUGGUUCUCAACCUAUCCACACUGGAAGCGCAACCCGCCGUAACCCAUGGGCUACAGCAGAUAUCGCAGCUGACGAUCGCGCCAUUCGUGCCGAGAAACAGAAACAAUUGGAUGAGUACAGGAAGAACCUCGAAGUUCAGGGCGUUAGUGUCAGCGAGGCCCAGCACAGCGUCAGAGAUACCUGGCGCGGCGUCGACAUUAAUCAAGAUGGAAAGCGCAUCACAGGACAAGGCGUCACGGCUCAGCAUAGUGAACGAAUCGAUCGCCACGCGGGGCCGUCUUGGAAUGCCGCUGCGCCUAACCCGGGUCCUGAGCCUAUCAGGCACGAAAAUCAUCAAUUUAACCAGCCAGCAUAUCACCAGGACUACCGACAGCAGACUGGUCUUCCAGAAGGCCCCUAUGGCAGAGCAGCACCUCUAGGCCCCGCCGGACACGGCCCAUCUGGCCCCGUCCAAUCUCGAGCUGGAUCACGCUUCUUUCCACAUGGUGGAUCGCGUGACAUUCGACAGGAGGAGUCCAUCAUGCCAACAAGGCCCAAGUCACCCACUCCGCCACCUCCGACAAUGGAUGGCCACCCCGCGUAUGAUGGUGAUGCCGAACGACCACAUGUCUCACUGCCUCCCACACGCCCCGUGGUGAAACUACCCCCUGCGGCACAACGACCACCGCCGCCAAUCAAGCAAGCUCCUACACCCAUUGCUCCUCCGAAGCCUGCUACUUUUGCUGCUGCAGCAGCCGCCGCUGCCACCCCUGUUCCCCGCCCUUCAGGAAAUCCGCUCUCUGGCCGAAACGUGCAUUACGGUGGUAGUAUUCAGUCUGCCGGUGAGAUCAAGACCCAAGAGAAUUGGCAACAAAGAAUUAAUAGUCUUAUGCGUACCCCCCACGCAAAACCAAUCUCGGUUGACUCAUCUAGCAAGUAUGCAUUUGAGGCACACACAAACACAUCAGCUACAGUAUCUCUGCCUGCCUUAUCGCCUUCAGGUUCUUCCAUCAGUGACAGCAGCGAUGUUACAACCAAAGAGAUGGCUGAAGAGUGUUUCGACGAGCAGGAGAUGGGGUCCUUACCACUGGUCAAUCUUCCCAACGACGCACCAUCUGCACUCUGGUCGAACAGAGCUGCAGAGCCUAACUGGCUUCCGCUGAACAUGAAGUAUCGUGUCGACGCCACUGCAUCAGAGUCUGUCCGCUUUCCUUACGAGCAAGUCAACCACAAGAGCGUCUAUCGCAUCAUGAUUAAUGGCAUGGAUGAAGCAAAGACCAUUCCUGCACCCUUCAGCCCUCGAAACCGGAGCGAUUCGCGACGCCAGGGUCGUGGCGGACGGGGCACCCGAGGUGGUCCGAGAGGUGGACGCGAGUCUAUCGGUGAUUAUCAGAGUUCCUCGUCCACCUUAGAUCGUCCUGAGCGUUCUGAGCGUUCUGAGCGCUCUGAGCGCUCUGAACGUCCUUCAAGCCGUGGUGGACGUGGAAAUUUUCGAGCUCGAUCCGAGCAUUGGACCAAGAGCUCGUCUACUCUUGGUCAACCGACCCAAUCGUAA